AGAUGGCCUCAGCGUGUACUGAUAAUGAUACAUUGUUAAAUCUUCAUGGUGGCCAAAUCAGUCCCUAUAGGUCGUCAGAAAACAAUGAUGAGCUUUGGAGAGAAUGUGCUGCAUGGCUCACAAGAUGGGACAUGUUGAGGAAAGACCAUAAAGUUAAUUGGCCAACAGCUUCUAUUGCUGAUCUAGCAAACAUCCUGCGUGAUGGUACCCUACUUUGUAUAUUGCUCAACAAAAUAGACCCCAACAGUAUUGACAUGAAAGAUGUGAAUAUGAAACCUUGUUUGGCACAGUUUCUGUGUCUGCGAAAUAUAAAUGCUUUCCUAAAGGCUUGUGAAACAAAAUUUGGGAUGAAAAAAAGUGAUGUGUUUGAAGAUGGAAUGCUGUUCGAUCUCACUAACUUCCACAAAGUUCUAUGUACUUUGUCAAAGCUAUCCCUGAGUCCGAAAUCUAAUUCGAAAGUACCAGGGUUUACUGCUCAAACAAUGCGAAUGGGCGAAGAAGUGAUAUAUCAAAGACUCAAGACAGUUAAAAUGCCAAUUAGAGCCAGAGGAUUAGCUGAUCACGAAUGUUCAUUUGGAGUAACUAGUGAAGAAAUUUAUCAAGAUCUGUGUGUUGAUCGUUCAUUUGUAGAGCAACCACCAACUCGUGAGAAACGAUACUUUGUGAUAAAAGAGUUGUUAGAUACCGAAAACAAUUAUGUAGAUGUUUUGAGUAAAUUGAAAAAGAACUUUAUGCAACCACUUCUGAAACAAAUGAAACCUGAACAGCAUCAUGUAGUGUUCUUCAAGAUUAAGGAACUGAGAGAUAUUCAUUCAGAAUUUCUGAAAGAAUUGUCUGUUAUUAGGAGUGAUCCCUCGGUAAGACUUAGUAAUGUAUUUAUGAGGUGGAAAGAGAAGUUUUUAGUAUAUGCUAUGUACUGCUCUAAUUUAACAAAAGCAAGAACAGUAUUACUGGAGCUAUGUGAUACUGAUGAGGUUUUCAAUCAAAUGGUUAUUAAAUAUGAGAAAGAAGAUAACAAUGGAAGAUUCAAACUGAGGGAUGUUCUAUCAGUGCCAAUGCAGAGGAUUUUGAAGUAUCAUUUAUUACUCGAAAAAUUGAUUGAGAAUACAGAUCCAAAUCACGAGGAAUUCAAUGAUUUGCGACGAGCAAGAGAAGCUAUGAUCGAUGUUGCUGCUUAUAUAGACGAAGCUACCAGAGAUAACCAACAACUUGAAAUCAUUAAUAAUCUACAAGACACAAUAACCGAAUGGCAUCUAACUUCAAAUCAAAGGUUGACUGACUAUGGUCAUUUGAUCUUGGACGCCAGCUUGAAAAUCAAAACUCACGAAGAUCAAAAAACAAGAAACCGCUAUGUAUUCAUUUUUGACAAAUGCAUUUUGAUCUGCAAACAAUUGAAGGGCAACCAAUUUGCUUUUCGUGAUCUCAUCAAUGUAGCUGACUACCAUGUAGAUGAAAUACAUAGCCGUCCUAUUUUGAACAGAGAAGCUAGAACAUCGUAUCAAUUUUACUUGGUGAAAAAUGACAACCAAAACGCAUUCACAAUUCUAGUUCGUACUAUAGAGCUCAAGAAACAAAUCAUAAAAGCCAUAAAUGAUGCAUUGGAUAAUCUUCAUCCGAAAGCCUUACAACGCACCAGCCACAAAUUUGAACUUCAGACAUUUGCCGACCCUGUACAAUGUUUAUUUUGUUCCAAGUACCUCAAAGGUCUUAUUUAUCAAGGUUAUAAGUGCAGUACUUGUGAAACAUAUGCGCAUAAAGGUUGUAUUCAGUAUUCUGGGAAAUGUGGCCAGCCAUUAACCCAAGUUAGUACUAGUCCCACCUUGAAUGGAUUUAGUGAUUGCCCAUUUCGAGAUUCCUUGUGGUUUGUUGGAGAGAUGGAUAGUAAUAGCGCUUCUAUUAAUCUCGAACAAAGAGAAAACGGAACAUACAUGGUUAGAACUAGGGCUCAGAGUGAGGAGAAAGAUAAAUAUGCUCUCACAUUGAAAACUGAUAAUACUGUGAAACACAUGAAAAUAUGUUGUAAAUAUGAACCACCAGGUGAUACAAAAAAAUACUUCUUAUCUCAGUCAAAGUUUUUCAACACUAUAGAGGAACUUAUUCUGAAUUAUCAAAGCCACAGCCUCAAAGAAAAUUUCGAAAGGUUAGAUGAAAAUACAAAAUUACUAUGGCCUUUUAGACAAUUGAAGGCAGUCGCAGUUAGGAGUUAUGAGGGAAAGGAUUCAUCUCAGAUCAGUGUGAGGGAGGAUGAAAAUAUUAUUGUUAUAGGAAAAGAUGGAUAUAAAGAUGGAUGGUGGAAAAUCCGAAAUGCCAAUAAUGAGUGUGGAUUCGUUCCUAUCAGCAUAUUGCAGGUAAAGGGAGAUAUGAAGUUUGAGUCACACUGUUAGUCUACAGAACAGUUGAAUUGCAAUAAUUAUAUUCAUACAUACCCUUAAUAAUUUAUAUGUAAAUAAUUUAAUAGAUGUUGAUUUUUUAGAAUUUUUUAUAGUUCGUACAGAAUACCUUAUAUGUCUAUAUUUUAUACAUAAAAAAAAAAUUAAUAUGGAAAAUAUAUAUAGAGGAGAAUUUCCAUGCCAAAGUGUAAUUAGGUACUAUUAUGAAAUGAUUAAAUUAUACAAGUGUUUUUAUAUGUA